AUGGUCACCCUUUUUCUAUCUUCUUUUGUCGAAGAGAGUGGUGCUACUGGCUACGGCUCCUGUUUGGAACCUGUCAUCGGCACUCUCUACGAGAAUUCUUAUUUAAUUCUGAUUCCCAUCGAAUCUGGUUCAGAACUUCCUCUCUAUUUAAAGCUGAAACUGAAGUUGAAAGUAAAACGCAUUCUCGCCUCUCACUCACAAACAACAACAACUCUACUGCCACCGUCUCCUACCAUGUCAACCCACCCAGAAAGGAACAGCAUAGGCUACGCAUUGGCACCAAACAAAACGCAAGCCUUCAUCCAACCCUCACUCAUCCAGCAGGCAAAGAAACACAACAUUGAACUCAUCCCCAUUGAUCCUUCAAAACCCCUGAUCGAACAAGGACCCUUUGAUUGCAUCAUCCACAAGCUUUACGGCCCAGAUUGGGAGUCCCAGCUCCAACACUUCUCCUCUAAAAAUCCUAAGGUCCCCAUCAUUGAUUCGCUUGAUUCCAUUCAGAGACUCCGCAAUCGGGUUUCGAUGAUCCAAGUUGUAUGUAACCUAAAACUUCCACAAAGGCAUCAAGUUUUAGACGUACCAAAACAAUAUGUUGUUUCCGAUUUACAACAAACUUCGAACGGUAAUUAUGAUUUGAUUGGGGAUUUAGGGUUUCCACUGAUUGCCAAACCGUUAAUGGCUAAUGGGAGCGACACCUCACAUAAAAUGUAUUUAGUUUUCGAUGAGGAAGGAUUAGACAAGUUAGAGACACCGAUUAUUUUGCAAGAAUUCGUUAAUCAUGGAGGAGUUAUUUUUAAAGCCUAUGUGGCGGGUGAUUAUGUGAAAUGUGUCAAGAGAAAAUCGUUGCCAGAUUUAAACGAGGACAACUCUGUGACUUUGAAGGGUUUGCUACCGUUUUCGCAAAUAUCAAGUGCGAGUGUGGAGGAGAAUAGUGACUUUGAGUGUGUGGAAAUGCCGGCAGUGGAUUUUGUUGAGGAAGUAGCCAAGGCCAUGAAGGAGGAAACUGUUGAGUACGAAAUCAAAUGCAAUAACUCAACAGAACAAUUGGAUUGA